GCCGUGCUCCCCGUACCGUGGACGAAUAGAGGUCAGGUCAAGUGUAAUUAGCCAAAAAGCGAGAAGUCAAAACACGUGACAAUGUGGCAAAUCUUGCUCAGGUUGCUCAGGCGAGUUGACGGAGCCGAGAGUGAGCCGAGGGUGAUUAGCGCCUGAGCAAGAGCGGCAAGCUUACUGACUGAACGAAAUGCGCAAGAAAGAGAAAAUUGACCCAUAGUACCCGGGAUCCGAGGCGUACCGGUAUGUGCUCCAGUUUCCUGUCGUUCACCGAAGUGCCGACACUGCAUGCUGAUCCCCUGAGAAUAGAAUCUCACACCGUAAAGUCUGCCAAAGCUGCUGGUCUGUCCGCGCCCCGCGGUCCCAAAGCUCCCAUAUCCGCUACUGUUUGUGUGCCUGUUGGUCUCGGUCAGGCAGCUGCUUCUACUAUAAGUGCCUCGGCGGCGUAUUCCAAGAUCUUUGGGUGUGGGUCCCUAUUUCACUUUCGUCAGAGUUCUGGCGCCUGGAGGAGCCUCCACCAACUCUUCACUUGGAUGGGUCUCAGUAUUUCAGCUGUUUCCAACCUCCUGCAAAUUGUAUUUCAGGGAUUGCACUUCCACAUAUAUCCCAAACAAAGAGUGCUGACUUAUAACUUUGGGGCCAUCUAUAACGACCUUGAACAAGGUAUCCUCCCUACGCACUUCAUUGCCAUGGACACGGAAGCCCUCCAAAGCGACAGACCAAUCCACUCCUCUGGCGUCGCAAAUACCGAUGAGCGUCUUUAGCGUGGUCGGGAUGAUGAGCUUCUUCUCCUCCUUGUCCGCGACGCGGGCUUGGUGGACGAGAAGCGCGUAGGGCCUAAGGCGCGUUUAGCACGCGUCGCCGUCAUCGGGGGGAACCUACCAUGGCGAAGGUCUGAAAGGCCUCGAGCCGCGAGAGACGUUAGAGCAUGGACUAGACGCGUGCGAGGGGAUUCGACGGUUGUCGGGGCAGCUGGACCGGUCCGAACUGCGG